GCCCAUGGUCUGAGGGAUGGUGGACCAGCCCACAGCUGAAAAAGGUUGCUGACCCCUGAUAUAGAUGAUUAUAGACUAUACCUAGUGUCUUUUCUCUAAUAAAAUUGCGCCUCUCUCCUCUCUGUUCAUUACCUCUGACAGGCAGACUUUAUAAUCCAGAGAACAAGGCAAAGACAAAGCUUGCAGAACUGGCUGUUUUCUCUCCUCAGUGCUGUCAGAGCAGUGCAGACAGCCUGGCCCUUUAAUUAGGCCAGGCUUGGAGCUGCUCCGUUUCCUUGCAUCUGGCUGGCACUGAGGAAGUAGAGAUGUAGCCACUACGGCAUUGAGGCAGCCAGUACUAGAGAGAGUCUGCAGCAGAGAGGGAGUGUGUAUGUGUGAGUGAGCAAUCGCACAGGGAAUCUGACAGUUUCCCUCUUGAAAGGGAGAAGACAGAGGCUGAGAGGCUGGAGAAACUAGGCUUCUGGUAACUCUGGAUGCCAGGAUCCCAUCCAGAAAUGUGCUGAUUUUUCAUCCAUAUUAAUUCAUCCCAAACCAAGCUGGUUAAAACAGCAGACAGUGUCUCAUUCUCCAGCUGCAGUCGGUGGGGCCUGUUAGUUUCACCUGAAGAUCAUGCCGGGCUUGUACUGCCGGCCAGCCUGGACAGCCCUCCCUCUAAAAAGCUCUUGUGUGAAAGCCUGUGCCAAUGGGUAUUCCCUGGGAGUCACUGCCCACCUUACUUACAUCAACUUGGAGGAAGAGCCUAUAGAGGGAGUCUUCAUUUAUCCCCUGGAGGAGUCAGAGGUGGUCUCAAGCUUUGAAGCUAUAACAGGAAACAGAACCUCCACGUUCCAGAUCCAGAACCGGCCCAGUGUGGAGGACUGCUGCAUUGACUGUAAUGCAAGCUGGAACCAGCCACUCUGCUGCACCAAUGGUCACUUGAUCCUUGACGAAGACUUAGCACGUUCCACGUUCAUCAUCAGCACAGGCCCCGUUGGGCCUUCGGAAACCUUGACUGUAGUCUUCAGCAGCAGUCGGGAACUGGCAACCCUGGCAAACGGCGCCCUGCAUGUCCUCUUCCCCUCUGUGCUCACGCCCUUCGUUGUAUCCAUCCCCGAAAGUGAAAGUGAGGCGAGAGGCUUAUGUGACGACAGGUUGGCCCUAUGCUCUGCCAGUUGUUUUGGAUCCACUACUCUGAAGAGUGAGCAGUCUUUCCUUGUGCCUCCCCAGGAUACAGACAUCUUCAGGGGUGAGGUUUACAAUGCCUUUCCCUACGAGUUCAGCUUUGAGAUGCUUGUUAAAGGACCCUGUUUGUUGGCAGGAUUGGAGAGCCCAUCCCACGCUCUUCGGGCUGAUGCUAAUCCUUUUGCCAGCUCUGCCUCAACUAUAUGCAUCACCUUGGCAGAGAAGCACAGGUGUGACAGGAACCUGGAGAUUAUCUUGUAUCCUUGUGAACCUCAUCAUCCACACCUCAUCAUAGAAGAUGGUGCUAUCUCAUAUCAAGACUACGAGGCACAAAUAAGGAGCCGCCGUGAUUAUGCUCGUAUUGCCAAAAAAGAUGAUUGGGAGAGACAGGUUGCCUUUGUCCAGAAGAGGUUCCACAAAGACAUUUUUCACAAUCCUGUCCUGAUGCUGAAUUUCUGCCCUGAGGCCAGCUGCGUUUCCACUGAUUUCCAGACCAUCACUCGGGAAAUGCUCUUCCUCAUUGACCAGAGUGGCCCUGGUAUUGAUGGGAUCAAGGAUGCUCUGUUGGUAGCUGUGAAGAGCCUUCCUCCCAGCACCUUGUUGAAUGUGGCUGGCUUUGGCUCCAGCAUCAAGCCGGUCUUCACCACCAGCAAGCCCUGCAAUAGCGAAACCCUCAGGCUGGCCUGUGAAUACAUUCAGAAGCUGCGGUCUGACAUGGGUGGAGCCAACCUCCUGGCUGCUCUGACUUGGAUCUUGGGGCUCCCUCUUCACCGCGGGUAUCCUCGGCAGCUCUUUAUAUUUAUGGAUGCCAGUGUUGGAAACACAGGCAAGGUCAUUGAGCUGGUCAGGAGACACGCGAGCAGUGUCAGGUGUUUUACCUUUGGCCUGGGCUCUGGUGCCUGCCGUAGGCUCCUGCGCGGACUGGCAAAGGUGAGCAGAGGUCGGGCUGAAUUCCUAAGCCCUAGUGAAAGGCUGCAGCCCAAGCUGAUAAAGUCUUUGAAAAAAGCAAUUGAACCGGCUGUGAGUGACAUCACGAUAGACUGGUAUGUGCCAGACACCAUGGAGGCCCUGCUGUCGCCCAAUGAGAUCGCAGCUCUGUAUCCAGGAGACCGACUCAUCAGCUACUGCACUCUUUACCACAUUGCCAGUUUCCGGGACAAGAAGGCAACAGGCAGAGAGCCGUUGUGCCGGAGUCUAUCUAGGGGCUCUGCAGGUUCAGUGUUCCAGUCCCAGGAGGAGGCAACUGGUUUGGAAGGAGCCCAUCCACACCCAGCUGGGGAGAGUCAAGAAAUUUGCCGAGCCCUUCAUGAAAUUUCCCGUGAGAUAUCUCUGGAGUUUUCUGCUGGGGGCACUGAGGAGUCUAUGAAAAGUGGGGAUCCUGUGUCCGGAGGAGACAUCUGGAAGCGGAUUUACCAGCCCUCCUACAUCAAGGAACAGUAUGUGCUCACUCACUGCUCAGUCAGCACCGACCACAGCCACGGCUUGCUCUCCCACAGUUCCACCAGCAGCGAGUCCACGGGCUCCAGAGAUGUCCCUCCAGAGGGAGGGUCCUUAGCUCAGGCUCUCGAAGGCAGCUCACAGCAAGGCCAGAAGAGUGUCUCCCUGGGCAAUUCCUCCACCAAGUCUGCCCCCGUCUCCCAGGCUCCGUCUGGCGCUGCUCCUCCUAAGGUGUCUGUGGCCCUGAGCUCCGAGGAGCUGGCGCGAAGGAAGAAGGCCUUGGCCCGAGCUGCUCUGUCUGGACGUAGCUUCUCCUCCCCACAUGGUGAGCUGGAUGCCCAUCGGCUGCGCCGAGCCCUAGAAAAGGUGUCCCAGAAGCGGAACCGUUCUCUGGAAGGGAAACUGGAUGAGAUUGGGCCAGAGUUGCAGAAGAUGCGCAGAAGCAUUGCUGAUUCCAGCAACCUACUGUCACCAGCCCACCUAGACUGGGACACGCUAUUGGAACCCCCAUACCUUUUCAGCCCAUCACCAGCAACUGAACGAGGAGAGUGUGACAGCAGCGCCUGGCCGCCUCUCCGGUGCCAAGUUGUGAUCCAUGGACUCAGUGCGGGGAAACCGGUCUCUUGGGAAGUGACAGCUGCCCUGGAUUCCCUGCUUCUUGCCAAAGACAGCCAGGCCAAGGAGGAGCCUUCUCAGUGGCAGCAGCAGAGGAAGGGCUGGGACAAACUGCUUCACCACUUGACUGCUGGCUCCGUCAUCCGGGAUAAUGAGAAUGUGUCUCAAAGGGAAGCUGAGAUUGAACAUGGUUUCUCACGAAGAUUCCGCAUUAAGGCUGUCCAGUCCAGCAAAGCUUGCAACACACCUUCAAUAUAUACCUCUGUGGUGCCUGUAGAUGCUUCCACCCAGGAGAUCUUGCCCUCUGCCCUUGAGGUUCGAAGCACAGUGGGCCUCUUCAGCCACCAGCAAGGAUCCUAUUCUGGCAGCCGACGUCAACACAGUUGCUCAGCAGGUCUGGGGCGGAGGCAGGACUCAGAGGACCUGGAUGAUGCUCCUGUUUCUGCAGAACGAGAAGAGAUUCCUUCUUUUCCUGUUAGUGUCACUUCUGUCAACCAAGAAAAGCAGAACUGUCAUGAUGGUGUCGAUUCCAGUCCCUCUCCUGUCUCUGUGGGCUCCCAGAAAUCAAUGGAGAACUUUGUGGGCUCCAGAUUCAGCAUCAGCCGGCGACGGGGUCAAGGCCUGGCACUGCGUCCCCAGUGUCUGACCCCUGAAAGCGAACUCUCCUCUUGUGACAGUGCCAUUCAGGACUAUCUCCCACUGGUGCGGCUGCAGCAGGCCCCCGGCAUGUUCCAGCUGACCGACUGUUUCUCGGAGGUCGUUCAGAUCCCACUGGACCGCUUGCGCCGGGCCUCUCCCUACGCCUCCCACCGUGCCAGCCUCAGCCCUGCCUCCAGCACCUCCCCUUGGGCACUCAUAGCCAAGGCCAGCCCAAGGCUAACAGCAAACCAGGUUUCCCCGGAUGGCGGUGAAGUAGUUGGAAUGAGCAAGGAGGGAGCGGUGGAGCCAGGAUCGCCACACUCACACAGCACCUGCUCAGAUGUGCUGAGCGCUGCCGUGUGGGCACAGGCAGACAGCGGGCGUGGCUCCGAGACCGACGCCUGCGACCAUUCGCCGGAUGCCUCUGAAGUGAGCAUCAGCCUGCAGGAGAUGUGCCCAGAUGCAGAGGAAGGGGACCUGGAGAGCAUGAGCUGGGCCACAGCUGUGGCUUUGGCCUGGCUGGAGCACCGCUGUGCCGGGUUCUUUGUGGAGUGGGAGUUGCUGGCAGCCAAGGCCGAUUCCUGGCUGCGGGCACAGCAGCUGCCAGAAGGUGUGGAUGUCGCCGCUCUCAAAGGGGCAGCACGUCAACUCUUCCUGCUGCUCCGCCACUGGGAUGAGAAUAUCAAGCUGAACAUGCUGUGUUACAACCCAAACAACGUGUGAAGGAGUAGUGAGCAGGCCAGGCCGUUGGUUGCGGGUGCCAAUAAAGAGAUGCGAUCAGA